UGUCUUUAUGAUAAUGUGCACUUUAUAACCAGCAGCACGUGUUAACCCUGUACUGGGCCUGUAUAUGUAAGUGAUUAAUUUUCCAAAACAACAUGGAGUCCAUCAGAGAAAGUGAAACUCUCAAAGACUUUUAGCUUUUACUUCUACUGGAAAGUAUUAGUCAGUUUGGACAGGGUCCCAAUGUGGGAUGUCCCUAGAAGUUUACUUUGGAACAUUUAUUCAUGGACUUUUCCAACGAUAUGGACUGUAACAUCUUUAAACACAAACACAACUUACUACAGAAGUGUCCCAUAACAUACAACUGUAAAAUAUAAUAAUAAUAAUAAUAAUAAUAAUAAUAGAGUUCUAACAGAGAUACAUACACAAUGUGCAGAGCGAGGGUGGUGUUGUGUUAGUGACGUAGUUUGGCUGUAGUGACCACCACAUCUGCUGAAAACACCCCAAGCGUCUUCUACCGCUCCUGUUCUUCAACUUCCCUCCACUCGUGAAAUGUCAGCUAUCACAAGAGAAGAACCACGUCAACUGACAUCGACAAACCAACGAGCGAUGAGUCUGUGUGGAGUUGUGCUGCUGUGUAGUGUGUGUAUCCGUCAAGCGAGCAGCAGUGAAGAAGACAUCACUGGUUACAGUGGCCAAUCAGUCGUCCUGAAAUCUGGAGCAGACAGAUCAUGGAACCUCAGCAGAGUCCAGUGGUCCAUUUAUCAGAACACCACAUUCAUUGCGGGUCUUAAGAAUGGUGAAGUGGUUAUUUACCAGUUUUGGAGACAUCAGGGUCGACUUGAGAUCAACAUUGAAACUGGAGAUUUAACAAUCCGUAAUGUGACCGUGGAUGACAGCAUGACAUACAAUGUGGCUUUGGUCAAAUCAGAUGGCGGGCGGAGCCAAUCUAAAGUUCGUCUCACAGUUCGAGCUUCAUCUUCUCUUCUGGUCACUGCUGUGGUUGUGGGAUCGAUUGUUUUCUUGUUGAUCUUCAUCUCUCUGCUGCUGCUGUGGAGAUACAAGAAGAACAAAGGUGCUGAUGCUGGUGAUGAAACUUGUGCUCAACCUUUGAGGAAGAAGAAUAAAACAUGUCUCUGAGUGCAGUGAAGACAACAGACGGCUAAAAGAGAUUCACAGCAGCAGACACAGUGACGCUUGCAUUGCUUCAAAAAUGAAUCUGAGUGAACUGCUUACACACGUGCUUGAUUCAGUUACUUUAGAGAUACAUAUGCACUGUUAUCUCUAAACAUAUUACGUAAGCUAAACAAAUGGUUCUGUAGCAUAUUAAUUAAGAUCCAGCGCCAAAUGCCAGCUCUCAUCAGAAAAUAUCAGUUUUGUCUGGUAACUGUAACGCCACACACGCAGAGGAAGACCUCACCUGAAUACUGACUGUUCAUCGCUCCCUCUGCGUCUACAAUCGUUUCAUGUUUGGCACUAUUUAACACUGUCUAAAACUGCCUGUUUUCAUGUUCUUCUUGGAUUGCCCCUUUAGAUUUACUGCCUGAUUGGACAGAUGUUUGUGUUUAACCCCUUCACUUUCCUACUCAUCUCUGCCUUUUGGAUUCCCCUUGUGUAUGUUGAAAGAUCGGACUGCCAUUACGGUACUGACUCUCUGCCUGGUUUGAACGACUCUUUCCCUAAUAAACUUCUGCAAAUGGAUUCUAAUACUGCCUCAGCCAGAGAACAACUCUUUAGUAGUCUAAAACCCAAAACCUGUUCACAGAAGUCUGGUCUGGUGCCCAAAAUGCCCCAAACUGUAUUAACAGUCUUCUAUCAGAGAAGAAGCUGACUGAAGAAAAACCCAGAGAAGAGCAGAACAGCAGACGAAGUGAUGAUAAAGAAGCAGAGUUUAUUGAAGAAUCUUAGUUGUGUAUGUUUUAAUUCUCAGACUUCAUCUGACCAGCACAAAUUCAACAAGUUCUGUUACACCAAACUGAUCCACAACAACAUCCCACAAACCUUGAGUUUCCUUUCCCUCGGAUCUCUGAUUCAUGAAGUGAAUCAUGACUUUGUGAUCAGAGACACGACAAACAACAAGCGCUACUCUACACUGCUCAAAACUGAGAAAUCCUUUAAAUAUGAAAACGUAUUUACCGAUUGUGAGUGAAAAUUAUUGGUCACAGGAAACAGUCCUCGUCCUCCGUAAAAUGCGUUGCACACAUCUGAUUAUUUGGAUCACACAGAACCUGAACAAGCACGGCUCUUAGGUACGCUUUUUUGUUGGAUGUUGUCUUCUCGUAGCUAUGUGAAAAAUAUCUGUCUGUCUACACAUAAAGGGUAAAACUUUAACAAGUAGUGAUGGGGCUUUCAAAGCACUGCUUCGUGAAGCUUCAAACCUUUUGCAAAUCAUUUGUUUCAAAACAGUAGAUUGCCGAAUGUAUUAAACUGCCAAAAUCACAUGAUUUCAGUAAAAUAAGCUUCAUUACAUCAUAA